UUGCUGGUGACUGUCACCGCCUCCCACUGAUUGUAAUUCUCUGGAAUGGCGCGUCAGCUGCUUGCGCCAGGAGAUUUCAUUGUGAUGAUUUAGUGACCAAAUGUGAUAAUACACUCCAGCUACGAUUUUUAGUUUCAUGUUUCUCUUUUUUUUGUGAAAAGUCAAAUGUCAAAUGUGGUGUCAAUGAUGAGCUCUCCACUGUCGUUCAGCAGCUCCAAUGUUUCCACAGGGGCACCUGGAAUGGAAACCGUUGUGGCUGUUGCACUGGGAGCUCUCGCUGCAGUCUUCCUAGGGGCUCUGAUUGUUCUCCUUGUCAUCUGCAAGAGACAACGAUGUUAUUAUACUCAGAAAGACUCCAAUGAUCUGAAUUCUGAUCUCCUCGAGGGUGAGAACGGACUGGGACUUGGGUUGGACGUGUGGGAAGGAGAGGAGUGGAUUGCUGGAGCUGAAAGAUGGGUUGACGAUGCCACUGGCUUGGCACCACCUUGCAUUGCUGUCCUGAGAUCCUGUCAUUCACUAGCUGCAAGCCUAACAGCAAUUGCUGGAACAGUUAACAGCAAUACUGUGCCCCUGGAAAUUGUCGAUGUUGCACGACGCAUUCCCCCUCGUGUAGAUGACGUUGUUCGUAGUCUUUACCCGCCCCUGGAUGCCAGACUCCUCGAAGCGAGAGUUGCAGCUCUAGUUCUAGCUGUCACUCAUCUAGCCCUCGUCACCAAACAUGGAAUCCCAAAAAGUCAGGCACGAAAAUUGGCGUUUAUCGAUCAGGCACUACAGGACAUGGAUUCUCAUCUCCUCGUCCUCAGAAAUGCUGCACUCGCACAGGAAACAGCGUGCAGCAUACCUGCCUCCACCCCAGUUUAAUCUCCGAUGUUAACAGUAUUCGUCGACAAUUUUUGAUAUUUUUUCUCUUCAUUUUCUAUAAUUACCUUUGAUAUUACUGAAAAUAGUAAAACACUAUUUCUGAAACAUUGUAUAUAUUAUUUAUGGGUUUCGCGGCAUGAAACGUAAAGACGAAACAAAACUAAAUUAGAAAUAAAAUUCUCGUAACGUUAUAAUACGGGAGAAAACUCAAAAUAAAAUUCGAGUGGCGUUACUCGUUGACAAAAUAAAUCAGAGAAAAGAAGUCAUAUAAAGUAAGGGAUUUCUAUCGACGUAUUUGCUUCACUGAAAAAGUUUUGAAAUUUUUCAUGAAUUUAGGCCCUAGAAAUAUUUAUAACUAAUUAAUUACAAUUCCAGUUCUUCCAUUUGGUCUUCCAGUUUAUACAAAUUACUAUGCAAGACUGCAUGAAAUUGAUUCCAUAAUCCAUUAUUCAAUCACUACAUUGUUCUCCAAUUGUGAAGAAGUCACUCAGCGAACAAUAUCACACAUGAUCUGCUUUUAAAUUUCAAAAAUGUUAAAAAUUGAUUGAAACUGGUUCUUCUGAAGGCAUAUCCACGACAUGAAAAAAUGGAAAUACCAUAAGUUCACAAUUCAAAAAAUUUAUUCCAGAGUAUUUGUUAUUGUUUGAAUAUUAUACAACUGUUGAAUAAACGUAAAAGUUUUAAUUAAAAAGA